GCGCUUGCCCCGCGUGAGACCUAUAAAUUAAAAUCGCUCCCAAAAAAUAAAAUUUCCCAAUCUCACAGAUUUUUCCGUCACGUUCAAAAUCAAAAACCCCCCACCAAAACUUUACAUUUCUCCGCUCGAACAUUUUCAAAGUUACUCUCAAAGGUCAAAGCUGUUUUUUUUUUUCUCUCUACAAUGGCCGAUGAAAGCUUGGCUUUUCACAGAAGAGACCCUAUAAAGUCCUCAGUUGGGAAUGUUGCUGCUAAUCGAAGACGGCAAAAUGCGGUUACUGUGGGAAAAGAAAGGAGGGAAUCAUUGGUGCGGGCAAAGCGGUUAUGCAGAGUGGGGAUUAGCGGCGAUGCUGAUGCUGAUGUUUCUCUUGAUAGUGAAAUGAUGAUUGAUGAAGAACAAUCAAUUUUGGAGGCUCAAACUUCUUCGGCAGUGGAAGGGUUGAAGUCUGCUGUGGCAUACCAGGGGAAAGGUGCAAUGCAGAAGAGAGUGGGUGCCCUUCGUGAUUUAAGGCGUUUAUUGUCAAAAUCUGAAUUCCCUCCUGUUGAAGCUGCUCUUAAAGCUGGAGCAAUACCCAUACUAGUGCAGUGUCUUUCAUUUGGUUCUCAGGAUGAGCAGUUGCUUGAGGCUGCUUGGUGCCUCACAAACAUUGCAGCAGGAAAACCUGAAGAAACAGAAGCUUUAUUACCUGCAUUGCCUUUACUUAUUGCUCAUCUCGGAGAAAAGAGCUCCUUGUCUGUUGCUGAGCAGUGUGCAUGGGCAUUAGGAAAUGUUGCUGGUGAAGGAGAGAAGCUGAGAAGUGUCUUGCUAUCACAAGGGGCCUUACUACCUCUUGCAAGAAUGAUGCUGCCAAACAAGGGUUCAACCGUCAGAACAUCUGCUUGGGCAUUGUCAAAUCUAAUCAAGGGACCAGAUCCUAAAGCUGCAACAGAACUCAUCAGAAUUGAUGGAGUGCUGGAUGCGAUUGUUCGGCACUUGAAAAAAGCGGAUGAUGAGUUGGCAACUGAAGUAGCAUGGGUAGUUGUGUAUCUCUCAGCCCUUUCAAACGUCGCUACCAGUAUGCUGGUGAAAAAUGAUGUCCUUCAACUGCUUGUUGAUAGAUUGGCAACAUCAAAUAGCUUGCAAUUGCUCAUUCCGGUGCUGCGAAGUCUAGGUAAUCUUGUGGCUGGUGAUUCCCACACAAUUUAUGCUGUUCUUGUUCCUGGACAUGAUAUUACAGACAGUGUCAUAAUAGUCCUAGUAAAAUGUUUGAGGAGUGAACACCGGGUCCUGAAAAAGGAAGCAGCGUGGGUGCUUUCUAAUAUAGCUGCUAGUUCUGUUGAACACAAGCGGUUGAUUAAUUCUAGUGAGGCAGUGCCUUUGCUAUUGCGCCUUCUUUCCACAGCACCAUUUGACAUAAGAAAGGAAGUAGCAUAUGUACUGGGCAACCUAUGUGUUGCCCCCACUGAAGGUGAUGGAAAACCAAAUUUGAUCCUGGAGCACUUGGUUUCACUUGUUAGUGGAGGAUGCCUGCCUGGUUUUAUUGAUUUGGUUAGAUCUGCUGAUACCGAGGCUGCAAGAGUAGGACUUCAAUUCAUGGAGCUGGUUUUGAGAGGCAUGCCAAAUGGUGAGGGCCCAAAACUUGUUGAACGGGAGGAUGGGAUUGAUGCAAUGGAAAGAUUUCAGUUUCAUGAAAAUGAAGACUUGAGAAAUAUGGCAAAUGGUCUGGUUGAUAAGUACUUCGGGGAAGACUAUGGGCUUGAUGAGUAGGGCAAGUGACGUGGUGAUACAAGAGCGAAAAAAAGGGGCAAGCGUCUCCCAUGACUUCUGGCUAUCAUCUUCUGUCCCUGUAUGCUACACAUCCUCUGAGGAUUCUUUGCCAAUCCUCUCUCUGCAAAUUAUGAGUUGGCUUAAGAAUUUAUUGUCCAAGUGAAUAGAAUUUGGCCGGGAUAUGGGUUGGUUUAAACAUGUAAUAUAAUGUGUGUUUAUCACCAAUAAAAAAAAAAUGUAAUGGGUGUGUAGCUGUGUGGCCUCUGUUUGUCAUUGUUGUAAGGAACCUGUUGUUCUAGAUGUUAUAUUUUCACAUGUAUCUUGUAUGGGUAAAUUGUUUUGGAUUGCUGCAUUAGAGAUGAUUAUUUCAUUCUGAUAGA